AUGCGCUGGGUGCCCGCUUUCCUGUCGGCGGCACUCGUCGCCGCCGCUGCGUCAAACUCCAAGAAGUCGUCCGAGGAGCGCUUCAGUGCCUUCCACACCAAGUCCCUCUCCUCGACCCCCGUCAAGCUCUCCGACUCUUCGUACCGGGACCUGACCAAGACUCCCCGAGACUACACGGCCGCUGUGCUCCUGACCGCCAUGGACACCCGCUUCGGCUGCCAGCUGUGCCGAGAGUUCCAGCCGGAGUGGGACUUGCUCUCGCGCAGCUGGAUCAAAGGUGACAAGUCGGCCAAGUCGCGCAUAGUCUUUUCGACACUUGACUUUUCCGACGGGAGGGAUACGUUCAUGGCUCUCGGCUUACAAACAGCCCCGGUCCUGUUCCUUUUCCCGCCCACCGUCGGCGAUCACGCGGCCUCUUCGGCCGAGCCCCUCCGAUAUGACUUCACAGCCGGACCCCCGUCCGCCGAGAUGGUCCAUGCCUGGGUUGCCCGUCAUAUGCCUGAUCGUCCCCAUCCCCCCAUCUCACGGCCGAUCAACUGGAUCAGGUGGAUCACGACCAUUGUUGCCAUUGCUGGAAGUGUGACGGCCGGCUUCGUGGCCUGGCCCAUCGUCCUCCCCAUCGUCCAGAACCGCAAUGUCUGGGCAGCCAUCAGCCUGAUCGCCAUUCUGCUGUUCACCAGCGGACACAUGUUCAACCACAUCCGCCAGGUUCCCUACGUUGCUGGCGACGGCAAGGGAGGCGUCACCUACUUUGCCUCUGGCUUCCAAAACCAGUACGGCAUGGAGACCCAGGUCGUGGCGGCCAUGUAUGGCAUUCUCUCCUUUGCCGCCAUCUCCCUCGCGGUCAAGGUGCCCAGGAUUGCCGACCCCAAGUCCCAGAGCAUUGCCGUCAUUGCCUGGGGCGGCGUCCUGUUCAUCAUGUACAGCUUCCUUCUCAGCGUCUUCCGGAUCAAGAACGCCGGUUACCCCUUUGCGAUACCGCCGUUUAUGUAA